AUGGGCACACAAGGCACUGGUAGGAAGCGUGCCCCACUCAAAGAUCGCUUCUCUGCAGAAGAUGAGGCCUUGAGCAGUAUUGCACGAGAGGCGGAAGCCAGACUUGCAGCGAAGAGAGCGGCACGGGCAGAGGCCAGGGAUAUUCGGAUGAGGGAACUUGAACGUCAGCAGAAAGAGCUGGAUGAAAAAUGCGAUAAACAGUAUUCGGAUUACAGUCGGCCUUCUUCCCGAUGCGCUACCCCUGGCUUGUCAGCUUCAACUUUGGCAUCACUGGGUGGAACUUCAUCCCGACGGGGAAGCGCAGAUGCCGGCAGCAUAUACGAGCCAGACGCUAACCUGAGCGAACUUAGGGAUAUCUAUGAACUAAAGGACCAGAUUCAGGAUGUAGAAGGGCGAUACAUGCAAGGGCUUAAAGAGCUGAAGGACUCACUCACCGAGGUGGAGGAGAAGUAUAAGAAAGCAAUGGUAUCGAAUGCGCAACUGGACAACGACAAAGGCAACCUCAUCUACCAAGUAGAUACGUUAAAAGAUGUCGUAGAAGAGAUGGAGGAGCAAAUGUCGGAGAUGAAGCGGGAACUAGAAGAAAAAUCAAAGGAGCUAGAAAGACAAAAGCACACAUGUACUGUCCUGCAGCAUAAGCAAGAAGAACUGAAAGAGGGAAUCCGUCAGAGAGAUGAACUUAUUGAGGAGAACCAACGAUUGCAGACUAAAUUAGAUGUUCUCACCAGAGAGGUGUUUGACCUGCAGGAAACUAUAAACUGGAAGGACAAAAAGAUUGGGGCCCUAGAGAGGCAGAAAGAGUACUUUGAUUGCAUUAGGAAUGAGAGAGAUGAGCUCAGACAUGAGCUUGCCGACCUCAAGGGAAAGGCCAAAUCGGGAGAGACACACGGGCUAGUCAUCAUCCCAGACGGCACACCAAACGGAGAUAUCAACCACGAGCCAGUGUCAUCCGGGAUCACGGUGGUCUCGCAAGAAGCCGCCCAGGUCCUGGAAUCUGUGGGAGACGGUCCGCUGGAUGUCAGGCUACUCAAGUUAGCUGACGAGAAGGACGAGCUUUUGGCUCAGAUCAGGAAGUUGAAGAAUCAGCUGGAGGAAGAGCGACAGAAACACUCAAAAAUGGAUAGUGUGUACGCUGACGGCGAGAUGAUGGAGAACGGUACCGAUUUACACUUUAUCGAGAUGCAAAGAGAUGCUAACAGACAGAUUAGCGAAUACAAAUUCAAGCUUUCCAAGGCAGAGCAGGAAAUGGGUACAAUGGAACAAAACAUUAAUAGACUUGAAGGACAAGUAUCCAGGUACAAGACGUCAGCAGACAACUCUGAGAAAAUAGAAGAUGAGCUUAAGGCGGAGAAGCGCAAACUUCAGAGAGAGUUGCGCACAGCUCUGGACAAGAUCGAAGAGAUGGAGAUGACCAACAACCACCUCGUAAAGCGGCUGGAAAAGAUGAAGGCCAACAGGAACGCUCUCCUCUCCCAGUAG